AUGGAUGUGUUUAAUAAAAUUUACACGCAAGUAAGUAGUUCGGUAAGCAGUACAGUAUCGCAAUUAUCGGGUGUCUUGCCUGGAAACCCUGUCACAAGAGAAUUUGACGCAGCUGCCCACAUAGCUUCAGCAGGACCUGGUUUGUUAUGGAAAAUUUACAAGGGAAGCAAACGCUCCACCAAACAAGAGGCAUCAAUAUUUGUGUUUGAAAAAAGACAACUCGAGAAAUACAACAGAACAGAUCGAGAAAUUGUUUUGGAAACAUUAAGGAAGGGAAUUAUGCAAUUAACGAAAAUACGACAUCCCCAAAUAUUAACGGUUCAACACCCUUUAGAGGAAAGUCGGGAAAGUUUGGCAUUUGCUACAGAACCGGUUUUUGCUAGUUUGGCAAAUGUUCUUGGAGAAACUACAAACAUGCCCCAACCUGCAAACAUGUCUGAUUAUAAGUUGUACGACGUUGAAACCAAGUAUGGAUUAUUACAAUUAAGCGAGGGCUUGGCAUUCCUACAUAAUGAUGUAAAACUGUUACACAAAAACAUAUGUCCAGAAUCUAUUGUCAUUAACAGCCAAGGAGUCUGGAAAAUAUUUGGCUUGGACUUCUGUGUACACAACACCAACCCAGCUAACAAUCCACCGAAUUACCCUUUUGAAAACUACAGCCCCACACUUCCGCCUGUUUGUCGUCCAAACCUUGAUUACUUAGCCCCUGAAUGUAUCGUACAUGAAAAACAUUCCGCUUCCAGCGAUAUGUUUUCUCUGGGUAUGUUGGCAUUUACUUUGAACUCUCCCACAAGACAGACAAUCUCGCCUGUGAAGGAUUUGCAACAAUUCAAAAGCAGGGCUCAGCAGUUGAAGAAUUUGACAAAUAAUAGGCUGCAAUGCAUGCCGGAGGCUCUAAGGGAAUAUGCCAAGUUGUUGUUGAAUAUCACACCAGAGGUGCGGCCUGAUGCCCAUCAAUUUGUUAAGAUUCCUUAUUUUGAAGACGUCGGUAUUAAAACCCUAACCUACUUGGACUCCCUACUGCAAUGGGAUAACCUGCAGAAAUCGCAAUUCUACAAGGGUCUACCGGAGGCUUUGCCCAAGCUGCCGCAAAGAGUAAAAGUGCAAAGAGUAUUAUCUUGUCUUGUCAGGGAUUUGGCUCAACCGGCAAUGGUUCCAUUUAUAUUGCCCAGCGUUUUUGAUAUUGCCCAGGAGUGCAGCCAAAAAGAGUACUGCACCUAUGUUCUACCACAUUUGAAGGGCGUCAUGAAGCUUAUGGAACCUAUUCAGAUUCUUCUAAUAAUGCUUCAACGCAUGGAAUUACUUCUAAAACUGACCCCCGCCGAGGACGUCCAACAGCACGUACUCCCCAUGCUCUACCGAGGCCUAGACUCGGAUUCCCCGCAAAUCCACGAACUAUGCUUGUCGGUGCUGCCGACCUUCGCGGGCCUACUCGACCACUCCAACGUAAAGAACAGCCUGCUGCCCAGGAUCAAAAAGCUGUGCCUGUCGACGAACACUCUCUCGGUGCGGGUGAAUUGUUUGCUGUGCGUCGGCAAACUGCUGGAGCACCUGGACAAGUGGCUGGUGCUGGACGAGGUUCUGCCGUUCCUGCCGCAGAUCCCGUCGAGGGAACCCGCCGUCCUGAUGGGCAUUUUGGGGAUUUACAAGUUGGCGAUGACGCACAAAAAGCUGGGCAUCGGCAAGGAGAUCAUGGCGUCCAGGGUCUUGCCGUUCUUGAUCCCUUUGUGCAUAGAGAACGGCCUCACCAUCGCGCAGUUCAACGCCUUGACCGCUUUGGUGAAGGAGAUGUUUCAGCAAGUCGAAACCGAACACAGGACCAAGUUGCAGCAACUGAAUUCCGUCAAGGACGAACAAAAAGCGUUGGCCAUGAAUAUGCCGGAAAUCGCGAGAAAACCCCGACCAAUGCAGUUAGAGGACACUUUCAGCGGUCUUGGUUUGGAUAAUUUUGCGAGUCCUCCGAUGCAAGGGUACAGCAAACAAAUCAGUAUUGAGCCGAUGAAAAUGGAGAAGGCUGAAACCCCGCCACCGAAAGAUUUGACGUCCUGCCUGGAACCUCCGAAAACGACCGUGAGCAGCGUGAACUUGACCAUGCCCAAGCCUCAGACGAACUACCAAUGGGCGAAACCUCAGCACACCCAAAACUCGGACCAUUUCCAGAUGUCGCCGAUGCAGAACGCGAGCGCCAUCUCCAACCCUUGGGCCAGCAAUGGCAACGCGAUCGCGGCGGCGAAUCAAAAUGCCUGGGGUCGGAGUCAGAGCGCGCAGAACUGGAGCGCGCUGGAUAAUCUUUUGCCCAGUACGAACGCGAAUAAAGUUCCCAUGAACCGAAUGAGCUGCAAUCAGCCUUUGAUGCCGCCCGCUAAUAACAACUCGGCGGGAAAUAACAAGCUUUCCCACGCCGAUAUCAUGGAUUUGUUGAGUUAG